AUGGCUAUACCUGAUUAUAAACUCAGUGCUGUAUUGUAUGGCCACUCACUGGACGUAAGAUGCGUGGCAACUACCAAAGAAUAUUGUAUUUUGUCUGGUUCUCGUGAUAGAACCGCUAAGUUAUGGCACCCAGAAGGAGUAAAAGAUUUUGUAAAUGUUGUUACAUAUAAAGGCCACAAUAAUUUUGUAUCAUGUGUGUGCUGGUUCCCUCCAUGUGAGGCUUUUCCUGAUGGUCUUGUUAUAACAGGAAGCAAUGAUAAUACAAUUAUUGGCUAUAAUUUACAAGAUGGUACAAUUCUAAUUACAUUAAAAGGACAUGAGAAUGCCGUAUGUAGUGUUUCUCCUAGCCAGGACUCAGGAAUUCUUAUGAGUUCAAGUUGGGACAGCACAGCCAAAAUAUGGAAUGUUAACAAUAUUCACUCUGAACCACUGACUCUCAAAGGUCACCAAGCUGCUGUUUGGUCAAUCAUAGAGCUUGGUAACAGUACUUAUGCUACAGCAUCAGCUGAUAAAACAAUUAAAUUGUGGAAAAAGAAUGGUGAAUCAAUUUCCACUUUAACAGGACAUACAGAUUGUGUGAGAGGGCUUGUGGUGGCUAGUGCUGAGACGUUUUUAAGUUGUUCCAAUGAUGCAUCUGUGAGAUUGUGGACUAAUAAAGGAGAGUGCCUUAAUACCUACUUUGGACAUUCAAAUUAUAUUUAUAGUAUCAGUACAAACCCAGGAUUGCCAAAUACAUUUACAACUUGUGGAGAGGAUGGCACAGUUAGAUUGUGGUCAAGCGGCGAUUGUGUAAGAGAAAUUCGUUUGCCUGUACAGUCAGUUUGGAGUGUUACAUGCUUAGAUAAUGGUGAUAUUGUCACAGGUUCAAGUGAUGGAAUUGUUAGAGUGUUUACAAAGGAUCCCACUAGGUAUGCUGACGAAGCAACACUAAAAAAUUUCGAAGAGGAAGUGGCAAAAAUGCAAAUAGCGUCACAACAAGAAAUAGGUGGCUAUAAACUUUCAGAGCUGCCAGGACCAGAAGUUUUGUUACAGGCGGGGAAGACGGAUGGACAAACAAAACUGGUGCGUCAGGGCACUAAUGUUAAGUGCUACUCGUGGUCCGCGGCCGAUAGCACCUGGAACGAGAUUGGUGACGUACUGGGUGCUAAUCCACCCUCUGAAGGCAAAACUAUGUAUCAAGGAAAGGAAUAUGACUUCGUGUUCAGCGUGGAUAUAAAAGAUGGCGCCCCACCAAUAAAGCUGCCGUUUAAUAAGACGGAAGACCCAUGGGUCGCAGCUCAAGCCUUCAUUCACAAACAUGAUCUACCUCAAGUGUACCUGGAGCAAGUAGCUAAUUUCAUCAUAACCAAUGCGAAGCUGGAUACACUUCCUGCUGCAAGUAAUGGAUUUGCAGACCCGUUUACGGGCGAGACCCGGUACGUACCGGGAUCGGGUACCACAGCUCGGACCGUUAACGCUAUUGACCCCUUUACUGGAUCAGGCGCUUACACCACCUCUGCAGUGUCGGCAAGUUCCAUUGCGGCGUCAACCGAGAAGCAUUUUAUACCACACGAUGCUUAUAUUAGAUUCAAUCAAGCUAACCUAAAAGCAAUAUACGAGAAGUUAAAAGAGUUCAACAGUAAAAUCGGAGAUACAAUGAAUUCCUUCACAGACGAACAAAUAGAGAAUAUAGUUAAAUUAGGAGAAUUGAAUAGCUCAUUCAAUCCUGAAACCAUCAGUUUAUUGAAGAAAAUGUUGGAAUGGCCUAAAGAAAUACUCUUUCCAGUACUAGAUGUAACAAGGCUGGCAAUAAGAAGGAAAGAAAUCAAUGGGCAAAUAUUUGACGCUGCGUACGGACCAAAUUUCGUUAAAUACCUUCUAUCUCUACUUAAUCCAGAUAAUUUGCCGGCAAAUCAAAUGUUAGCGAUGCGAGUGCUAGUUAAUGCUUUUAGCGACUUGCCAGGAGAGAUGUUAGUUUUGGCAGCACGGGAGAGUGUAAUGCACAGCAUUAUCUGCCUUAAUCAACUCGGGAACAACGCUCAGAUUGCUGCAGCCUCUUUACUCCUCAAUCUCUCCGUAGCUCUGGCACAACAAACAGAUAAUGUAGACCUAGCCGAUUGUAUAGUACAUCUCUUGAAUAGAAUCACCGACAACGAGGCUUAUUUCAGAGGUUUAGUUGCCUUAGGAACUCUGCUAGCAGAAUCGCCACAUAAACUACUCAUACAAACGAAAAUAGUAUCAAACACUCAACUGCACAAUAGACUGAAGAAAGAUUGCACCAGCGCGCCAACUGACUCUAACCUUAAGAAGAUCACAACUUGCUCUCAAGAGAUCGUCAAACUGUUAUGA